AAAUUUAAUUAUUACGGAAAUGUCCGCCAGAUGGUGUAAUAAAAGUUGUUCGUGAUAAAAUAUUAGACUCGGUUAAUUUUAAAAUGUGAUUGACAUUAACUGAGAUUCUUAACAUGACCUUAUGCUUUUUUGGCCGUUACUCUAUGUGGUGAUAAAAAUGUCAAUGUCAUUCAUUAUUGACAGCCCGCAAAUACUUCACAUUUUGAAAAUUUUAACCGGUGUAAUUUGUUUUGUUAAUUUCUGAUAUUUUUACACUCAUUUUAAGUUCUAGAUGUACUAGUCUAAUCUAACACAGUGAUAACACUAUAUAGACCAUGGCUUACAAAGUCAUCUUUGGAACUCUUUUAGGUAUAGCCUCAGUGACAUUCGCUUCACAUCUUAUUUACAACUUUUAUCAAAGAAGAAAAAAGCAAGCGAACUCACAUAGAAAAGAAAUAAACGAAGUUAUAAUAUUCUCUUACGGAGCACAUGAUCUUAAAAAGAGUAAAUAUUCACGCUGCGUCGUUACUCCGAGCAUGGAGCGUUUCUUGUAUUAUUUAAAUGGACCACGACAUAAUAUAGACAUUUGCAUGUAUAUAAUUACAAAUUCAGAUGUGAGUAAUAUAUUGAUGAAAUUGCAUUAUCGAGGUAUUAAAAUUCGUUUGAUAAUAGAUGCAGACAUGGCAUACUGUACAGGAUCUUGUGCUAGAAAAUUGGAAAAGCAUGGUGUUCCAGUGCGGUGGUUGAAGUCUACUAAUUUAAUGCAUCACAAGUUCUGUCUUAUUGAUACAUUAGCUGAUGACGAACUUGUCACACCUUAUGUAAUGGCAGGGUCCUUAAAUUGGACAAAUCAAGCUUUGUCUGGUAACUGGGAAGAUGUGACAGUGACUUCACAGAAAGAUUUAGUACAGCAAUACCAAGUUGCAUUUGAAAAGUUGUGGAUUUUAUUCAAACCAAUUGAUUUUACAUAACCAGUUCAUAGAUAACUGUAUGUUUAGUAACUAUUAACAAGAUCUGUAAAACUUUGUUGGAUUGUUAAUGUUGGAAAUUAUUACUUCACGGAGCACUUUUAGAACUAUUUAUG